AUGCCAGUGGUUAAAAGAAGAGGAAGAACUAAGGAUCAAGCAGCACCUUCAAAGUCGGGUGGAAUUAAGAAAGCGGAAUUUGAUAUCACUAAAAAGAAAGAAGUGGGAGUUUCAGAUUUGACUUUAUUAUCAAAGAUCACUGAUGAAGCUAUAAAUGAAAAUUUAAGUAAAAGAUUCAUGAAUAAUACCAUUUAUACUUACAUUGGGCAUGUUUUGAUCUCUGUGAAUCCAUUCCAAGAUUUAGGUAUUUAUACUCAAGAGAAUUUAACUAAGUAUAAGGGGAAAAAUAGAUUGGAAGUACCACCUCAUGUUUUCGCUAUUGCUGAAUCAAUGUAUUAUAAUUUGAAAUCUUAUGGAGAUAACCAAUGUGUGAUUAUUUCAGGGGAAUCAGGGGCAGGUAAAACCGAAGCUGCAAAACAAAUCAUGCAAUAUAUAGCGAAUGUUUCCGUUGAUGAUCAAACUAAAACUGAUAGUGGGAUUACAAGAAUCAAAGAUAUGGUUUUGGCUACUAAUCCUUUAUUAGAAAGUUUUGGUUGUGCCAAAACUUUAAGAAAUAAUAAUAGUUCUAGACAUGGGAAAUAUUUGGAGAUUUAUUUCAAUCCAUCAACUCAUCAACCAAUUGCUGCUCAUAUCACCAAUUAUUUAUUGGAGAAGCAAAGAGUGGUUAGUCAAAUUACCAAUGAACGUAAUUUCCAUAUCUUUUAUCAAUUUACUAAGAAUUGUCCUCCCGAAUAUCAACAAAAAUAUGGAAUCCAAGGUCCUGAAACUUAUAUUUAUACAUCAGCUGCUGGUUGUGUAAGUGUUGAUGGAGUUAAUGAUACUAAGGAUUUUCAAGAAACUCUACAAGCUAUGGGGAUCAUUGGUUUAAGUGCUCAAGAACAAGAUCAUAUUUUCAGAAUGUUAGCAUCAAUUUUAUGGAUUGGGAAUAUUUCAUUUGUUGAAGAUGAUCAAGGUAAUGCAGCCAUUAGAGAUGAAAGUGUAACAAAUUUCGUUGCUUAUUUAUUGGAAACUGACGGUGAAACAUUAAAGAAAUCAAUCAUUGAAAAAAUCGUUCAAACCAGUCAUGGUAUGAGAAGAGGUUCAACUUAUCAUUCCCCAUUAAAUAUUGUUCAAGCCACUGCUGUAAGAGAUGCCUUAGCAAAAGGUAUUUAUAACAAUUUAUUCGAAUGGAUCGUUGAAAGAGUCAACCAAUCAUUAAAGGGAGCUGCCGAAGCAGUUGAAAAGAAAUCCAUUGGGAUUUUAGAUAUCUAUGGGUUUGAAAUUUUCGAACACAAUUCUUUUGAACAAAUUUGUAUCAAUUAUGUUAAUGAAAAAUUACAACAAAUUUUCAUUCAAUUGACUUUAAAAGCAGAGCAAGAUGAAUAUGUUCAAGAACAAAUCAAAUGGACACCUAUUCAAUAUUUCAAUAAUAAAGUGGUUUGUGAUUUAAUUGAAGCCACCAGACCUCAACCAGGUUUAUUUGCUGCAUUAAAUGAUUCGGUUAAGACAGCACAUGCUGAUUCUGAUGCUGCUGAUCAAGUGUUUGCUCAAAGGUUAGCUAUGGUUGGAUCCAGCAAUAAACAUUUUGAAGACCGUAAAGGUAAGUUUAUUAUUAAACAUUAUGCUGGUGAUGUUACUUAUGAAGUUGGUGGUAUGACUGAUAAGAAUAAAGAUGCUAUGUUAAGAGAUUUAUUAGAGUUGUUAUCAACAUCUAAGAAUUCCUUUAUCACCAGUGUAUUGUUCCCACCAGAUAUCUUGGCUGGUUUGAUUGAUAAUAAGAAGAGACCAGAAACUGCUUCUGAUAAGAUCAAAAGAAGUGCUAAUUUAUUAGUUGAUACUUUAUCUCAAUGUCAACCAUCAUAUAUAAGAACCAUCAAACCAAAUCAAACCAAAAGACCUAAGGAAUACGAUAAUUCGCAAGUUUUACAUCAAAUUAAAUAUUUAGGUUUAAAGGAAAAUGUCAGAAUUCGUAGAGCUGGGUUUGCUUACCGUACAACUUUCGAAAAAUUCGUUCAAAGAUUCUAUUUAUUAUCACCUAAAACAGGUUAUGCUGGUGAUUACAUCUGGAGAGGUGAUGAUAUUUCUGCUGUUAAAGAAAUUUUGAAAUCUUGUUUCAUUCCUGAUAGUGAAUAUCAAUUAGGUACAACUAAAGUAUUUAUCAAAACUCCAGAAACUUUAUUCGCUUUAGAAGAUAUGAGAGAUAAAUAUUGGCAUAAUAUGGCUGCUAGAAUUCAAAGAGCUUGGAGAAGAUACCUUAAGAGAAAGGAAGAUGCUGCUAUUGUUAUGCAAAGAGCCUGGAGAAACAAAAAGCAUGGAAAUAAAUUUGAGCAGUUCAGAGAUUAUGGUAAUGGGUUAUUACAAAAUAGGAAACAAAGAAGAAGAUUCUCCAUGUUGGGAUCCAGAGCUUUUAUGGGAGAUUAUCUUGGAUGUAAUGAUUCUUCAGGUUAUGGUAACUUCAUAACCAAACAACUUUCCAUUAAUGAAACAGUGAUAUUCUCUGCCAAAGGAGAAAUUCUUAUCUCCAAAUUCGGUAGAUCGUCCAAGAGAUUAUCAAGAAUCUUUAUCAUGACAAAAAAUUCCUUCUACGUAGUUGCCGAAGUUUUAGUUGAAAGAAAACUUCAACUCCAAAAAGAGUUCACUUUACCAGUAGGUGGAUUAAAUUAUGUGGGAUUAUCCAGCUACCAAGAUAAUUGGAUAGCUUUAUCUUUACAUUCUCCAACUCAAACUACCCCUGAUAUUUUCAUCAAUUUAGAUUUCAAGACUGAAUUAGUAGCUCAUUUGAAGAGAGCUAAUCCCGGUUUGACCAUCAAGAUUGGUGAAACAAUUGAAUAUCAAAAGAAGCCAGGUAAAUUUCAUACCAUUAAGUUUGUCAUUGGUCAAUGUCCAAAGAACAGCGAUAGUUAUAAAUCCGGUACUGUAACGAUUGAUCAAGGAUUGAGUGCAACCAGUGUUAACCCUAAAAGACCAAGAGGAGUUUCCAGUAAAGUUGAUUAUAGUAAGUAUUACAAUAGAGGAGCCAGAAAUGGAUUUUCUAGUCAAGCUCAACCAAGUCGUCAACAACCAGCUUAUCAACAACCAACUUAUCAACAACCUGCUUACCAACAACCAACUUACCAACAACCAGUCCAACCAGUUCAACAACAAACUCAACCACCAGCACCUCCAGUUAAAGCCAGGAAAGCACCUCCACCUCAACCAAGAGUUGCUCAAACACAACCAGCACAGCCAGUCGUUCAACAAGCCCAAAAACCUGCCAAAAAACCUGCACCACCUCCACAAAAGAAAUCAGCACCACCUCCACCACCAUCAGGAUUAUCAGCAGCCAAAACCCCUAAAUAUCCAACUUACAAAGUCAAUUUCGAUUACGAUGGAUCGGUAGCGGGAUCAAUUCCUUUAGCUAAAGGUGAUGUUGUGUACGUGGCCCAAGAAAAUGGUCAAUGGGGUUUGGUUAAAGAUAUAGAAGAAACUAAAGAAGGUUGGGCACCAUUAUCAUUCAUGGAAAAAUGUGAGCCACCUGUUAGUAUUUUCGGAGGUAAGAGUGUUCCUCCUCCUCCACCACCAGCGCCACCAGCAACCCAAUCUACUCCUGUCACUACCAACGGAACAGCCAAUGGGUCUAAUAUAAGUAAUGGUCUUGCUGGAGCAUUACUCGCUAAAAAGAAUGAAGAGACAACUUUAGCGGGAUCAAUUGCCGACGCCUUGAAGAAAAGGCAAGUAACAAGAGAUUCCGAUGAAGAAGAAGACGAUGACGAUGAUUGGUAA